AUGGGUCGUUGGGGAUUCCGUCUUUUCGAGGGCGACAAGGAUCUUGACAUCGUCGCCGCCAUCAGAAAAGCUUUCGGCGAUGGUCCUGAGAAGCUUAAUCUCUAUCUCAUGAUCAAUAAGACCGACAUGGUUGCUCCUCUUGACUCCGGAGUCGGCGACGAACUCUUCAAGAAGUAUCGAGCCCUCGAACACGAGCAUCAAGGCCAGUACCGAACCAUUGUGGUCGGCGCCUUGAUGAUGCGUGGUGGAGCCAAGAUCAAGGCAGACGACAUGCAGCAUCUACGCGACCUCGUUCCCAAGAUACCUUGCCAACAUCGCUUUGCCUUGCCGAUGAUGGACUUUGGUUUCCGUGACCCCGGAAAAGCGCAAUUCCUUACUGCACUCGACAACUAUCAGCCGGGAACGCCUCGAGACUUUCACGAGCCAAGCUGCUUCCAUUGCGGCAAGAUUCACGCAGACCACGGUAUCAACCUGAAGAAGUGCGGCCACUGCCAGGCUGCCUGGUACUGCGGCAUCGACUGUCGAAGGACCCAUCGCAAGAUCCACAAGGCUUCGUGCAAGGCAAUUUGGGAGAAGGUUCUUGCCAACGUCGACCUGGUGAUGAACAGACACCAGCCUUCACCACUUUGGCAAUAUCAUACAGAUUGA